CCUAAUCGUUUCAUCUCCGCAACCAAAGCCUCCACACAUCCGCCGCUCCUCAGCCACUCUCCACCGGAAAAAAAAUGGGUCGAGUCCGAACCAAAACCGUGAAGAAGUCCUCACGGACCGUAAUCGAGCGUUACUACUCGAAAAUGACACUCGAUUUCCACACAAACAAGAAGAUUCUAGAAGAAGUAGCCAUCAUCCCGUCAAAGCGUCUCCGAAACAAGAUCGCAGGGUUCUCAACGCAUCUGAUGAAGCGGAUCCAGAAAGGACCGGUGAGAGGCAUCUCGUUGAAGCUGCAGGAGGAGGAGAGAGAACGCCGGAUGGACUUUGUGCCUGAUGAGUCUGCUAUUAGAGUUGAUAAUAUUGAGGUUGAUAAGGAGACAAUUGAGUUGCUUGCUUCGCUUGGGAUGAGUGAGCUUCCAGGUGUUGUGCUUAAGGAGGAGACUCCGGUGGUUUCUGCGGUGAUUCCCGGAGGGUAUGGUGCUGGUCGUGGUGGUGCUGGAAGAAGGUAUUAAGUUUUAAUAAAAUUUUGAGGGAUUUUUAUGGAUUAUUGUUGGUGAUAUUUUUGUUAUGAAUGUUAUCCAAUUUGAAUUAAGUUUUGUUCUUGUUUUGAAUUGUGUUUUUAAUUAUGAAUUGAGUUAGUUAAUUUGAAA